CUCUGUGUGGCGCAGACCGGCUUUCGGCGUAGCUCUGGAACCCCUUGUGGUUGAAACUUUUGUAUAAUCCGGAAUGACUGGUUGAAGUAAUUGAUCGGAUAAAAAACCUUCGUAUUCGAAUAGCAAGGGCUAAAAUGUCUACCUCUUCUACUACGUUUUCCGGCCUGGCGAGGAAAUUUACAUAUAUAAAGCGCAGUGGUUUGCUAUGGUUUAUCGGUGUCGUAGCGCUGAUGCUGGUGGCCCACAUGACCCUGGCCAGAAUGCAAAGCACAAACUCCUGGAACCUUAUCAGUGAGAACCGCCUUUCCUUGCCGCCACCAGAAAACGCGCAUGUUUGCGGCGAAACGUGCCUCGAAACAUUUAUAGACGAAUUUAUUUUAGCCGACACGAAUUACGAACACGGCGCAGCUGAGGAGGCAGCAGCCUUAGAUGACAGGAAACAGGAUGAGGCGACGGACGAGAAGGACGAGACGGAAGAAGAAGAAUUCAUCAUGCCGACCCGAGGGCGAGACAGUAGCAAAAACAUCUACAAGAAGGAUACAGUGCGAGAAGUAACCUGGACGGAGGAGAUGUCCAAGGCGCGAGAGGCUGUGCUGGAGGCGCGUCGCAGCGAAGUCGAGGAGCGAUGCCGGAGCUUGAACAACAGCGUCUUCUUGCCGUCUAAGGAAUCGGUGUACAAUGUUCUCCGCUGGGUCACCGAGCACGACUUCGUGUGGUGCCCCAUCUUCAAGGCCGCGUCAACAUCGUGGGUCAAGAACCUCCUGCUUUUGGCCAAAGAGAAAUUCGUCGACAUGAGUCUCCACGGAAGAGUCCGGGAGCUUUACCCGCCGCCGGAGACCGAAUCGGAGAAAAAGAAGGUUCUGGAAGAAGACUUGAAGCUUAUGAUUGUAAGGCAUCCGCUGGAACGUCUUCUCUCGGCUUACAGGGACAAGAUGCUAAGGAUAAGACGACCCAACGACCCUUUCCGUCUGAUGCAGCUGGACAUCGCCAAGCAAUUCCCGGAUCCUAAUCCUCAGCCCCCGGCGCCCCUGACGUCCGCCUCGGGAGAAAAAGAAAUCCAUCCAUCCUUCACGCAGUUUCUGCUGAAGGUGCAGUACGACCUUCGAAAACUUUGGAGGAAGAAGGGCAAGUCGCAGGUCAACCUCCACUGGCGGCCGUUCUGGUUCGUGUGUUCCCCGUGCGAGAUUCAUUACGACGUGAUCGCACACGUCGAGACCAUGGAUGUAGAUAACGAAUACGUUAUUCACAAACUCGGCCUCCAAGACGUCUUAGUGAAUGCGCACACUCAUGCCUCGAACUUCGACGCCUACAACGACACCAGCGCGGCGUCGAAGGACUACUUCCGCCUGGUGCCUUACUCUCUCCUGAAGGACAUCGUGCGCCUCUAUCAGCCAGACUUCACCCUCUUCGGCUAUUCCCCCGACGCCUACCUCAAGCUGGCCUGGCGAGACGACCGCUGAUUGUCGUCACUGCAUAGUUUAUUAUCAUUUUGUGAUAUUUUUCUCACGUUGUUGAUCAUGAUUUUCAUGUAGCAUAGAAUCACCAUUAGCUUUCAGUGCGUUGUGUAUCAGUUUAUAGUUCUUAUUUUACGUUUUUUUUUAUACAGUAUUGGUCUUGGAGAUAUGAGAACAGUUGUAUUAUGUCGGCGGUUGAAGUGACAAUACACGUCUAAUCACCAAUACUUGCCAGGUCGGACGUGGGCAAGGCACUAAUUUUAUAGUAUUCAUAUGAAACGCCCCCUUA